CAUGAGCUACCGUUCCUCUCCGCCAUCAACUCCACUUGGAUGUGUGACUGGCUCUUUAUAUUAACUCUUCUCCUCUGGAGUCGGCUCCUCCUUCGGUCUUGUGCACCGACUCGUCGCAUUGUUUUCUGCCGUCCUAAUUCCUCAUCCCCUCCUAGCAAGCGCAUUUUGUACCAGCAUUUGAUUUGAUUUUGUUUUUCGGUUCCUGCGUUGCCAUUCCCCUACUUUCAAUUCCCCUCGCCUGCAUUUUGAGCUUUGUUUUGACGAAUUGAUAUGCCUUUACGACCCCAACUGCUUUGCUUGUGACGAUCCAUUCCUCUUGCGCAUUCCAGACAUCCCCCGAUCGACUUGCUUUUAGUUUCAACAUCGACAGACAUACCCAGUUCACUUGCUUAACGACAUUUUGAGUUACAAUAUGCCCGCGCACACUCGCGACGGUUCCCGCGACAGGGAACUAGUCCUCAGACAUCAGUCGGUGCCAAUGUGGGACAGCUCGGACCCCGAACGGGCCCCCCCUCCGCUACCCAUGAACCCCGUUGCUACCAGCCCUAUCACCAGAGGAAAUGUCUCCCCAGGCAUCCAAGCCGUGGCGGCGAAUUUCCAAGAAAAGAUGCGCGAAAACUCCCCGAGUCCGUAUACAACCAAUCCCAUGCCGCCGAAGUCGCCCGAGAAGUCCCUCAUCAAGGGCCAAUUCCACAGGCGCAUGCAAUCUUUACAGAAUACAGAUGCUCGCAGCGAGUUCCUGAAUUACCUGGAGAGCCGGUCCCCAGAACGGCCUCUCCGCGCAUCGGUUCUGGACCAGAGCCCCAAACAAAACGAAUUGACACCGACGAAUCCCCCCAGCUCAUCAGACUCGAGAGAGAACGAGCAGGAGCCCCCCAACUUACUCAUCUCCAACCGGUACCUGUCCAGACCCAUCCUCGGCGAAAGCACUCCACCGUCGGCCACCAUGUUAGCAUUGCAGAAUAUGCAGCUGCCCAUGGAGAGUGAACCAGAACCAAGAAGUCACGAUACCGACCCAUUCAUCGGGCCUCGACGUCCCGACAACCCCAGCUUCGAGUCGCUAUCCACCCAGAUUCACAGUCUCACCGAUAUGACGAGCAAUCUUCAGCGCGAGAUGGCGCAGCUGAGCCGACGAAGCAAAGAUAAUGCCACCGACCUGGUCAGCCUGAAAGCCGCAACCAAUGCCCGAGAUGAAGAUAUCCGCAAGAGCCUUCGUGAAUUGUCCUCCAGCCUAGCUGCCAAGUUCCUUGAUCCUGAUGCUGCCACAAGGUGGGACUUCAGUACUCUCCUGGGUUCUGAGAAUGGUAUUAACAACAGGGAAUCGGAUAGUUCUCCGAGUUCGAAGAAAAGCUAUUCGGCGCCACGAAUGUCAAGUCCUAAUCCCUUUGCCGCAGCCAUGGAACGUGAACUGUGUGGAUCCCCUACGCCGAUUUCUGAUGGUUCCGCCAGUAUCGCAUUGCUUGAGAAGGUUCUACGGGAGAUGGCUACCAGAGAAGGGCAAGAAAAAAUACAGGAAUUGGUCGAGGAAAUGAAAGCCACGCCUGCCUCUGAUCCUCCCAACCGAAAUGAUGAGGCCAUCACGAAGAUGCUGGAAGAGAUUCUCGACCAUGUCAAAGACGACCCUGGGAGCAAGGCUCUGGUACGCUCUCAGGCCGCUGCCAGUGUUCCUCCCCAGGGAAAUGCUGAUGGUUCCGGAACGAGGUCUCUAGACGACGAGCAUAUCUAUACACCGGACAUGGACCUCAUGGAUGCGGGCAACGCCCGACCGCCGGAGCGCUCGUUGGUGCUGGCAGAAGGUCAAAUGGCAGACGAGAUGCUUGCAAUCAUGAAAAGAGUCAAGCAGAGUGUCAUUGAAGGAGGUGGCAUGACGAACGAAGUCAAAGCCCUCGUACGCGAACUCCGGGGAGAGGUUCUAGGCAUGGGACGAAACCUAGCUCGGCAAAUCGAAGAUGUUGAGGCUUCCCGGGCUAUAGAGGACCGGCCGGAUAGACCCACCCAUGAGGAGCUGGCUGGUAUGGUCGAAAACAGCCUCCAUGAGCUUAGGGACCAAUUAGCUUUUAUCGUCGACGAGAGCAAACGCCACUCAACCUCGAUCUCAGAAUUCAGAGCCGCCAUGGAUGGUGCCGAACUAUACUCCAUUGUUAAGAAGGCCUUGGAUGAACUCGACCUCUCUUAUCUACGCCCUGAGCCGCAGGGUGUGAACAUGGAAAAGGAAGAGAUCCUGGAGACGGUCCGGGAGGCUUGGGAGACGUACAAGCCCGAAAUUGAGUUGCAAAACUUUGGACUGGAACGGGACGAGAUCCUGGAAUGCCUGACCGAAGGGCUCAAAGAGUACAAGCCGCAGCACGAGGAGGCCGUUACUUACGACCAAGUCCUGGCAGCGGUCCAGGCCGGCAUGCAUAAUUUCGAGCAGCCACCCAGCAUUACGAAGGAAGAGAUUGUACACACGAUUCACGAAUGCCUUGACGAAUUCGAACCUCCCUCCUUGGAACGCGAACACCUCGAUGGCCUGCGGGAGGAGAUUCUCCAGGCUGUCACCGAAGCAGUCUCCUCACAGGGUGCUCUCACGAAGGAGGCCCUGAACACUGGACUUAGUCGGGACGAAAUUCUGAGCGCACUUUCGGAAGGCCUUGAAGCGCACUUUGCAGCCGCCAAGGAGAGCCAGCAUUCACAUAUCACGAAAGAUGAUGUUGCCAACGUCAUCAAUGAAGCUUUCAUUGCACAGCAAUCCCAACUCAGCACCCAUGUUCAGCCAAGCUUUUCCCGCGAUGACAUUCUGAAUGCCAUCGCCGAAGGGAUGGAAAGCCAGAACUCUGUGACCAGGGAGAUUGAACUCAACAGGGAUGAUCUCAUGGAGGCCAUCGCCGCCGGGUUGCAGGAGGCCAACGAGGCAAACCAGAGCGUUGGCGAACAGAUGCUGGAACGUGUCCAAGAGCAGUUGGAUGGCAUAAAGGACGAAAUGGGCCAGCAUUUCUCGGCCACCGAAAGGGAUGCGGAACAGCUGCUCAAUGCCGUCAAGGAUGGCAUCGCGGUUGUACGGCAGGAAGUGGAAGGAUACGCCGCGACUGCAUCCGAAGCUUCUGGGAAGCAUGAAAUCAUGGACACCGUCAAGGAAGGGUUCCGGCUGUUGCAGGCGGACAUGGAGAAGACCAUCACGGAGACUGCCAUGUCGAACGCCCCCCGUGGUAAUCCCGAUACGCCGGAGCUUCUUGAUGCCAUGGAGAAGGAGUUUGAGCACUUGCGCCAAACGAUGAGCUCCUUGUUGAUCCGGAACAAUGCUCCAAACGAGAAGGACGAAAUCCUCGACGCCAUUCGGGACGUGUCAGAGCAGCAAAAGGCCUUGAAGAAUGAGGAGGUCCUUGCUGCUAUUGCUGAACUGUCAGAGAAGCAAGCUAGUACCCCUAGCGAGGAGAUCCUCGCUUCCAUUCGUGAGAUGCUGGAGCAGCACAAGACAAUGGACAACGAGGAAAUCCUUGCCGCCAUUCGUGACACGCCCGAGCAGCAGAACAGCAUGAAUAGUGAUGAGAUUCUGGCUGCUAUUCAUGAGCUGUCGGAGAAGCAAAGCAACACUCAAAGCGACGAGAUCCUUGCCGCUAUCCGGGAACUGUCGGAGCAGCACAAGGCUACGAAUCAUGAUGAAGUGCUUGCCGCUGUGCGCGACAUGUCUGAACAGAACAAGGGUACAGAAAGUGAUGCAAUCCUUGGAGCCAUUCGCGAACUCUCAGAGCACCACAAGCCCACCAACCUCGACGACAUCACCAACAUCAUCAAGCAAGAAUUCGAGGAGCUCCGUCACUCCAUGAACGCGACCCUGGUCCGCGCAGAACCGACAGAACCCAAGUCCGACAAGGAUGAGAUUAUUGCUGCGCUUCACGAAAGCCUAGAGGCUUUCAGGGAUGAGACUAAUCAGCCCAAGGAAGGCGGGGAUAGCGCGGCUGUUGCUGGCGAGCUGAUGGGAGCCUUGAACGAUGGUGUUGGUACCAUCCGGGAAGACCUGGCAAAACUUCUGGAGAGACCUGUCGAGAUUGACUACUCCGAACUCCUGGACGAGCUCAAAGAAGGGCUCAGCAGUCUCAAGGCAGACCUUGAGAUGCUGCGACAAGCCCAGAAAGAAAAUGAGGAGCUUGAGACAACGCGCGGAGGAGAACUGGUACUUGCACGGGAUUCCAACGCCAGUAACGAUAUUGAAGGUCUGAAAGCCCUCAUCUCUCAGCUUCAAGUCAAAGUCGAGGCAAUCGAGUCCGCUCCUCGGGGGGCGGAGGUUCCGGAGGAUAUGCUGAAAAAGGAGCAUCUGGACGAAGUCCUCCUCGGACUGCAGGAACUUCAGAGCUCCGUGACAGGCAUUGUUGCCCGCGAGCAACCAGCGGAUGAAACGACAGCCAAGAAGGAGGACACGGAUGCGAUUGAAACGCUGCUUCAGAACACCAAGGCACAGCUGGAUGAGAUGAAGUUCCCUGCUCCGGAUGAGAUCGCAAGGGCAGAGCAACUCGAAAGCCUGGAAGGUAUCGUCAAGGAGACAAAAGAGGCGAUUUCCGAACUUUGCACUCGCUUCGAAGCGGAGGGCCCAACAAAGUCCGAAAUCGGUACACUGGAGACCUUGAUGAAGGAUAUGUGGAUCGCACUCGAUGAAAUCAAAGGCAAGGGAACCGAGGAAGAGAAUGAUGCCGAGAAGCUGGUCAAGGCGGACUUGCAGACCGUGGAGGCCAUGAUUUUCGAGGUCAAAACGCAAGUCGAAGAGCUCAAGCUUCCCGACGUCGAGACUUUGCCAACCAAGACCGACAUCCAGGACCUCACCGCGCUUGUUACCGAAUUCCGCGAGAAGGUCGACGCCGAUAACGAGAUGACAGGACAAGCAUUCGACGCCCGGAAAGUUGAACACGCUGGGCUUGCCGAAAAGAUCGAGGAGGCGCGAGCCGUCGUCGAAGGACUCGGAGACGAAUUGAAGAGCAAGCUAGAUGGCAGCAAUGAGGGGCUCACGGAGCUCAAGCAGCUCCUCGAAGGCCUGGCCGCAUCUGCAGAAAGCUUCACAACUGUCGAGAAUGUCAACGAACUCACGGAGCUUAUCAACCGGGAGUUUGAGCGUGCCCGGGGCGAACAGGAUGCGACCAAACUCGAGAAGGAAGAGCGGGAUGCGGCUGCCAUGGUCAAGCAUGACGAGACUAGAGCCGCUAUUAUCGUCGAACUGGGUACGAAGAUUGACGAAAAGCUUGGUGAAAUCGUGGCCAAGUACGACGAGGCUCAGUCCGCUAUCGAGACAUCCCUUGAGUCUAAAUUCUCCGAGAGUGCCGAACGUGAUAAUGCACACCUCGAAGCAGUCACAAACACCAAGGCUCUAGCUGAAGACAUCAAGCUUGUCAUUGGGACCAUGGGAAACAGUGUCAACGAGGCCUGUGAGCGUAUGUGCGCGGAUGCGCAAACGUUCUUUGAGAAGGUCGACGUGUCAUACAACAAGAUGGAAGAGAUGCACAAUGAGGUCAAGACUCAGCAGGAGCAGGCCCGCUCGGAUCUUGAGCGCGCGGCUGCUGCCACUGAUCGUGUUGAAAGCCAGCUACACGAGUUCCAUCCCCAGGUGCUUGAGUCUAUCCACGAGAUUCUUGCCAUCGUGGGUCAGCACUAUGACCACGCCCAGAAAUCGGCGCAGGAAAUCCGGAUGGACCUGUCUACGAUUCCCUCGGCUAUUACCCCAUUGCUCCCUGCUUUACCGCCGCCGGAGCCCGAGAAGUACGAUGAUACCCAGGUCCAGGAGAAGCUCAACGAUAUUCUCGACCGUGCGAAGAGCAGCCAGGUUCAAGAGACGCUCAACACCCUCGUCGAACGCGUUACCAAUAAUCAAGUCCAUGAGAAGCUCGACGAACUUUUGAGCCAUACUACAAGUACGAAUAGCCAGAUCUACGAGAAGUUGAGCGAGCUCCUGGACCAUGCCACCAAUUCCAACGGACCUGUGCAUGAUAAACUGGAUAUUCUCAUCGACCAUGCGACCAACAAUGAUCAGUCAGUCACGCAGAUGAUGAAGUUGGACGAGAUGCACAAGGAUAUCAUGGACACGUCUCGCCGAAUGAACGAGAUGUUUGCAGCCCAAUCCGCCAUGGUGGCCGAAGACAACGAGCGACGUCGCAAGGAGGCUGAAGAAGCGGCCAUCGCCUUGGAGAGGCGAAACGCACAGCGGGAGCAGGUGGAAGCCGAGAUCGAGACCCUCAAGGAGGAGAAAGAUUCUCUGCUGAAGAUACUCCAGAGCUUGAAAUCCGAGAAGGAUGAGCUCGCCAAGCAAAACGCCAAGCUCAACAAGGAAGUCGCUGGGUUGGAGAUGGCGCUCGAACUUCGACACGAAGAAAUGCAAGUCAUGGAAGAACGUGCCGAUAGCCUCGAGAAACGGAUUCUGGAAGGUGUCCUCGACCACGCCCGCAGUGUUCUCCUGAGCCGGCCGAACAGCGUGAAGAAGGGGCGCGGAUCUCGCGCCCGAGGACCCAGUGCUGUCAGCACCGCCAGCACCGCCAAAGAGGCCCGCAACUUGCUCUCGAGCAGCGUUGGGUUGGCGUUGAGGAAGCGCGCGCCAACGGGAUCACAGGCGGGAUCCGUCGCCCCUUCCACUCCGAGCAAGGAACGACGAAUCUACAGUCUGAGCAAUGUGACGGGCAAUCGCGGGGCUGGUGACCGGCAGGUGAGUUCCACCAGCGGGUUUGCGAGUCUGAAGCGAAGUCAUUCUGUCCGGUCCAACGCUUCCCAGCGGAAGGCAUCUUGGGGAGGUCGGAGCUCGAUAGCCAACAAGGAAAAUGAGGUGUUUGCGGAGGAGGACGGGGAGGAGAGCGACGGUAGCACGGAGCGGAGGACCAGCUACACGGGAACGUAUGCGGACAGCAUGAUCUAUGGUACCAACAGCAUGGUCUCCGCCGAUCGACGGGUAAGCGCCGCUAGCUCCACCGCGUUGCGUUCCGUUGCGGAUGAAGGAGAGAGCUCCGAUGGGGAGGAUGCCCAGACGACCAAGGCAGAUGAGCCGGACGAGGACGAGUUGGACCUGGAUGAGGAGGGCUCGAAGAUGGUGCUCUACGGUCAGCACAGUGAUAGCGGCAUCGGGCCCGAGGUCACGAGUGCUGCGGCAUGAAUGGCCAGGGGCACGAGGGGCUCUUCGAGUGGAGCAGCAUGACCCUUGUUAUGGACGAUGGAAGCAGCGUGAUUGCUGGUGUUCCUUGAUAUAGACGACCCGCGCAUUUGGCUGAGCUGGAUGCGGUGUUUGAUAGGAUCCUCGGUUCGGGCUUGGGGUCCGAUGGGUUGGAUACGGGUUCCUUUCCUUUGUGUUUCCUAUGUUUUACGACUGUUUAUGCCUGAUGUAACUAUUCAAUUCAGUGAGGUGACGAAUGGACUUGUUCUGAUUAUGG